AUGACCACAAAAUCCCUUUCCCCAACUUCCUCCACCACAACAGCUGCAACAACCGCCACCGGCACCACUGGCACCGCGACGAGUUCUGGAGUCCACAAGCGUAGGAGAAAGAAUGCGCAUGACGAUGGAUCGCACAUUCCACCCGCCGCUCCAGAUUCUCCGCCACCGGCAGCGGCCUUACCGGCGCAGAUUGUGAAGCCGACUCCAGCGACGGCGGCCGUGACCACUUCGGGGUCUUCGUCCUUUCGAAACGUUUCUGCCUGCAAUCGGUGCCGGUUGAGGAAAAAUCGGUGCGAUCAGAGGUUGCCGGCUUGCUUGAGCUGCGAGAAGGCUAAUGUGAAGUGUGUGGGGUAUGAUCCGAUUACUAAGAGGGAGAUACCGAGAAGGUUUGUUUUGGCUCUUCUUUUUUUUCCCCCUCUUCACCGCUCGACACCCCCCGUGUACUCUCCCCCUAAGAAAGAAAAAGAAAAAAAAAUCCCCUUUGGCCCCUCAGCGGUUUCUCUCACGGAGCGAAUUCUAACGACUGAGUGAAUCACAGCUAUGUCCAUUACCUGGAGACCAGGUUGGCCUAUCUCGAGUCAUUGUUGGCAAACAACAGUAUUCCCUUUCCGCCCGCCGAAUCUUUUCCGGACUUGGCUCCACCGCCCCCACCCCCCUCUCAGACCCCUACAUCAGCGUCAUUCCCGCCGCCGCCCAUAGCUACAGCAAAUUCGCUUGGCCAGCUGGGUCCAUCCCCGCAGCAAUUGCUCACUCCGAUCGAUCCGGCACUCACUACAGAUGAACCCAUGCGGGAUCUUGGCGUCAAGCGUGAGCCCCUCACCAAAAAUCCGGAAAACACGGAGGAUAAGAAGCUGGAUAAUCUCGUCUCUGAUAUUGGUCUUGUCUCUUUUGCCGGCGCGAGCGACCCUAGGUAUAUGGGUUCCGCUUCGGGGAUCUCCUUCGCGAGAGUGGUGUUCGCCGCUGUGAAGAGUAGCGCUUCGGGGGCGGGUGGCGACCAAAAUGGGGCAGGUGGCGAGGGCGGGUCGUCAGGGCCCAGGCGAUUCCGGCCGAGGAUCGGGUCAAGCACAAGGAUCAAGGGCGCUCGAGGGCUGGGGAUCGGAGGGCCAAAGGAGGAAUUGGUUCCGGAUGGCGACGAAGACACGCAGAUGGGUGGCUCAUUUUUCGGGUUGCACACUAAACCCUCCAUCAUCCCUGCGCCCUUCCCGAGUAGGGUGUUGGCCGAGAGGCUUGUAGAUCUGUACUUCGAGUAUGCAAACCCUCAAAUACCCAUUUUGCACAGGGGGGAGUUCGCUGGUGUUAUAGACAAGAUUUACGGAAGUGAGGAUGAGGUGGAGGGCAUGGCCAAUGGCGCUAGCGGAAACCCACUCGGCGGGACUCAUAAAGAAAGAUACCUACUAAAUAUUGUGUGCGCUAUCGGCGCGGGAAUAUUCUUGACAGGGCCGGACGAUGGGGGUGAUGAGGGCCGUGACCAGCACGAGGCGACGGGAAAGAACCCCGAUGGGUCGCCAAAGAUCAAGACCGAAGGGGGGAGGAAACCCAAAAGAAGUUUCAAGCAAUUCGAGCCGGAAUCCUAUCACGCUACAGCGAUGGUACAUCUAGAAGCCUUCCUAAGCCAAAGCAAAGGCGGCCUUGAGGAGCUCCAAGCUGUCCUCUUACUGGCCGGGUAUGCCUUGCUUAGGCCUGUCUCCCCUGGGCUGUGGUAUAUAGUCGGCGUAGCCUUAAGGCUAGCUGUGGAUCUGGGACUGCAUUACGAGGACGCGGAGGCAAUAGCGGCGAAGAGUGCAAAGAAGGACGGCAAGAGGGGGAAGCGACAGUGGUCCAGAGAGCUGAGAAGACGCCUUUGGUGGUGUGUCUAUAGCCUCGAUAGACUGGUCAGCACCUGCGUUGGCCGGCCAUUUGGAAUUUCAGACGAAGUAGUCAGUACGCAGGUGGGCGGUUCUAACAUCCCUUCCCCUUUGAAUUGAUUCCACAGCCUAUAGAAGAUGUCGUUGUCUUGUUUCCGUGUUGAUGUGCCAACAUGGUAAUUUUUUUGUUGCGUUUAGUUUCCGUCACUCCUAGACGAUCAGUACAUCCACCCGACGGCUGGGAUAACCCCUCCCCCUCCAGGAAAGGAAUUGCCUUCUUACAAGACAAUAUCUCACCACUACUUCCGCCUCCGCUUGCUUCAGUCCGAGAUAUUACAGGUUUUGCAGCAACAGUCUCACUCCCUUGCUUUCACCAGCACAUCCAGCGACCCGCGCGCUGAUCCUGCCGUGUCAAAGCCUUCAAGGAGCGAUAUCUACCCUCCCCACCAUCCUUACCAUUUGCAGACUCCUUUCCUCCGCAAUUUUGAGACGGUACAGUGCUGGCACAAAGACGUGGACCGCCGGCUAAAAGAAUGGAUCGAUACGGCCCCGCAGUCCAAAGAGCAGACUGGAGUCUCAUUCUCCCUUGAGUUCUUACAACUAAACUAUUGGCAGGCCAAGAUAAUGCUCUAUCGGCCAUGCCUUUCUGUUCCAGUCCUGCUCGCAGGAGAGUUGGGGCCCAAUGGAAAUUCUGCUCGUGGUAGGGCGGCCGAGCGGGCAUUUGGAGGAAGAAAGGUCAGUCCGGAAGAGCAAGAGAGGGUUUAUUUGACUGUCGCAGAGGCGGGAAGCAAGGUCCUCAGAUUGUACAGGCAACUCCACCGGGUUCACCAAGUGAACUAUACGUUCCUUGCUACCCAUCACCUAUUCAUGGCCGGUAAUUACUCCCCCACCCUGAUCAUGCCUCCCUUUCCCAUUCUUGACUCGACUCUGAUGCUUGCGAUUAGGGAUCUCUUUCCUUUACACGAUCUGGCAUUCUCCAUUGGUUCGUUCUCGCCUGUCUAUGGACGAGGUAGAUUUUACCAUAUUAGCUGCUACCUCUGUCCUUGGUGAUUUGGUCGACAAAUGCCCUCCUGCUGAAGCUUGUCGUGAUGCAUUCGAGCGUAUGUCACGCGCAACUGUUCAAAUGUGCUUAGCGGGUGGCCAAGGGCCAAUGAGUAAAAUUGUACCAUCGGGAACAUUUGCGCAUAGUCCUGGGGUUGGUGGGGCAGCAGGGAUGAAUCGCGCGGGGAUGGCACAGUCAAGGCAACAUCCGGUGGUAGUGAAAGAGGAGGACGACGAUGAUGAUGACGAUGACGACGAUGAAGAAGGAGGCAUAGAAGAGGUUGCGCCGGGCUUCACCAAAGAUUUUGAGAGCAUGACGAGAACAUUCGCCGGAUCCCGACAGCACGACGACUAUGAGCCCAUGUCAGCAACAACCCCGCCUCCCACAACACAGGAACAGCAGGAGGAGGAACUGAUGCAGGAACUAAAGCAACAAGAGCAACGCCAACAACUGCAACGACAGCAGCAACGACAGCAGCAGCAACAGCAGCAUCAAGCAGAACAACGCAAACGUCAACCCCAUUUUGACGAAGAUUUUCGCGAGCUCUUCACUCCCGGCACAGGAGGGGCAAGCAACACCGUCCCAAGCCUGCGCUUCAAUCAACAGCAGCACCACCCCAACAAUCCCCACCAUCCCCACCCUGCAUCAGCACCUUCCCCACAAUAUAACCUAUCGCCAACCCAUAGCUUCGCACCGCAUCACCCGUUCACGUUCUCUUCUCCAACGCGCACGCACAACCAACUUCCACUCUCCCUGCAACAGCACUUUCCAUCUCCGCCCGUGGAUCAGGACGGAAUGAUCAUCGACCCGCAGCUCUCACAGCCGGUAGAUUGGGGAAAUCUGGAUAUGUCCGCGUUUGGCCUUGGUGGCCUAGACUGGGAGGGUGAUGCAUGGAGCGAUAGUGGAAGCACGGGGGGCGUGGCGGGGAGCGGGAACGCCGCAGGGCAAGGAAUGGAUCUUUUCGACGGAUUCUUUUUCGGCCCCGGCGGGGCCUGAAGCGGUGGAAUAGGUUCCCUCACGUCAUUUCCUUGUUUUCCUUGGCCCGUUUUUGUGUGAGAGUGUGGCGCCAAUCGAAUCGGAUGGGAAUCAAUUUUGUGUAUUAUUACGGAGCGCUCUUUCUCUCUUUAGUUUCACCUAUCAUCUACCAUUCUUCUACCAGUUGUUUACCCACGUUAGUGUAUUGUUUACGGCACAGGAUCUUAUUUCUUCUUCCUUCCCCCUCCCUCUGGCUAGCUAUUAUACCCUCUCCCGCACCCUUAUCCCUUUAUACCCCUCCCUUGGCAGUGCCUCCCACCAUACCCAACCAAGCACACCAGAUUCCAUCACCCGAGGUUUUUUUUGUUUUUUUGUCUAAAAAAAAAAGGUAGGGGGGUUCAGUCCUUGUUUUCGCAACCUUGGUUUUUUUCCGCUUCGCAGUGGGAUAUCGUACUAGUAAAGUCUGGACGGAUGGAUCGAUGAAUGAAUGAAUGCAUGC